AUAGGCACGUCACUAACUGUAGCUUAGUUGUCAAUCUAUUAGGUAAUAUAGUCCUGUGACCAACUAUUGUUGCCCUGUGGCAUGUGCGAGCAACAGUUAUGAAGGUGCCUGCAUAUUACCGAUUUGGUAAGGUUGCAACAGUGCGUUUCAGUCUACUCUUGUCUACAAGAGCUUACUGACGUAUACUGACGGCACUUAGCUGAGGGUUGAGCUGUCAUGCCGCUAUGGGCUGUCUUUCUGGAGUCUCAAUCCUUGGCAGGCCUUAGAGAAAAUUGCAAACACCUAUAGCUUUGUGCAUUCCUUGAAGGUGUUUGGUUUCUACAACAGCUGUUUAGUGCUUGUGCCUGCGUCAUGGUGGCAGUCCCCGGAAAUUUUACCACUAGGGAAAUGUGUUGGAGCUUCCCCCCGGAGCGCGACAAAGCGCAGACCAAGGAAGCUGCAGCACCACCGGAGCGUCAAUAGUGGCACUUUGCACUACCCUCUCCUGGCGCCGUCCAUGGUGUGGCGCAUAUAGACACGGCGCGGCGCUGCCGAGCAAGCCCGGUCCAGGCCAGGAUCGCUCAGGAGAGAGUGGCCCCUAGUGGGGCCGGAGUGAAGGGCGGGAAGCUAGUUGGGCGAAGCUAGGAGCAUGAGGAGGGCUCGCCGUAGCGCGGACAGCAGCGGUUCACGGACGCUUGCGAGUAGUGGCUUAACAUUGACCAGGAAUGCACAGCGGCGAUGCAGUCGCCUGCAACAAGCACAUCCCCGCAUCCAAAGCGCUUGCAAGCGUUGAUCCUCAUCGCCUGCCUGGUGCUGGUUUCGGGAACAACGCCUACGGCUGCGGAUGGGGGCAGCAGCCACUCCCACUCCUGGCAUCGCUCUCACACACGCAAGCCGCCUUCUAAAGGAUACACCAUGGUUAGGCAUACACGGCCAAUGGAGGGCCACAAAGCUCCUGACAGCAGCAGUGUUGGAGAAUCGGCGCUGCCACCCUCACCCCGGCCGCCCUCACCUCUGCCGCCCUUGCCCCAUCCGCCAUCCCCGCUGCCGCCAUCACCCCGGCCGCCCUCGCUCAAGUCGCCCUCACCUCUUCCGCCAUCGCCCAAGCCACCUUCACCCCUGCCGCCUUCUCCACAGCCGCCCUCACCAAAGCCACCGUCACCCCGGCCGCCCUCACCUCUGCCGCCCUCGCCAAAGCCCUCUCCUCAUCGGCGGCCGCCAUCCCCGCUGCUGCCUUCGCCAAGACCACCCUCUAGUCCCUCUCCCCUACCACCCUCAUCCCUGCCGCCUUCUCCACCGCUACCCUUGCCCAAGCCGCCAUCCCCCAAGCCUCCAACGCCCAAGCUGCACGCACCCCUACCGCCCUCGCCCAUGCCCGCUUUCCGUGAAGCAGCCACCCCAGCAGCAGCCAGCUCACCACCACCCAGCCCCGCACUCUCCUCAGCGGCUCCUCCUCCUUCUCCCUCUCCUCCUGCUGCUGCUGCUUCCACGGGGACCUAUGGCUUCCGUACUCUCCCCUUCACCUCGCCCGUCACCGCCGCGCUGCUGGUGGUGGUGCCGCUGACGGACACCUACCUGGGCGCGCAGAUCAACAGGGGGCCCAGCGUCAAGAACACAACCGUGCUGCUGGACCUGGUUGCGAACAAGGCCACUUCCAUGCCCUCCCUCGUCAACUCCUUCUGCGGUGCGCCCGUCCUCAUGCCGGAUGGCGACAUCCUGCUGGUGGGAGGGCACUACGGCGAAAAGAAGAACAAAUUACUGGACGGCAGGAACCAGCUGCAGGUGUUCAACAGGACCACGAUGAAGUUCUCGGUGCUGCCGCCCAUGAAGUGGAACCGCUGGUACCCUACCGUGGCGUCCUUGCCGGAUGGGAAGGUGGCUAUUGUAGGUGGUACGACAAAGCCGAAUGCCGGCAAGGUGCCAUCCUUCAGCGAGAUCUUCGACCCGAGGAAUCCCAACGGGACAGAGAUGCUCAGUAACCCUCAGAACUUUGUGGAUUAUGCCGGCAUGCAGUGGUAUCCCUUCAUCCACACGCUACCUCGAGGUCAUCUGCUUUGGUGGGGUGAUCGUGGCGGAAGCAUCACUCUGGGAGAGAAGAAGCUGGUAGACCUGCCAACUCUUCCAGAAAACGUCACGCACCACACCAUGUACCCCGCAACUGCCACCAUCCUGCUGCUGGCUUACGGCCCCGAGGACGCCUACACAUCCAAGAUGGUCAUCUUCGGAGGAGGGCCGGUGUACGACACCCGCAGCCCCAACAUCAGCACGCUGGCCUCCUCCGCCGCCCUGCGACUGGACCUGCGCGAGUGUAACACCAGCGCCAGUGGAUACUGCACCCCAGGGUGGGUCGAGGAGGACAUGUUGGGCAUUCCACGCAUCAUGGCAGAUGCCGUACUGCUGCCCAACGGAAAGGUCGUCAUCGUUAAUGGUGCACAUAAUGGCCGGGCCGGUUGGGUGACUGGGAGCUACGACAGCGGCUCCGGAGCCUCUCGCCCCGCCAACCAAGCCCUCAUAUACGACCCGGCUAAACCGCUCGGCAAACGUUUCAGCCGGCUGGCGUUCAACCCCAUCCCCCGCAUGUACCACUCCACCGCCUGCCUGCACCGUACGGGAGAGAUCCUGAUUGCUGGGUGCGAUGCGUGCGGCAACAUAACCGGCCUGACCAAAAUGAUGUCACCCAACCCUGACCCGGGCUACCAAGAGGCGCGGCUGCAGCUGCUCGCCCCCAAGUACAUCGCAGUUGGUGUUGUACGGCCAGUGAUCAAGCAGAAGCCCGCUCGUAUCCGUUUGGGAAUGCCCUUCACCGUUGACUACACCUACCCUGCGGGCGACAUCACGGGCGCGGCGCUCGUGUCGCCAUGCGCCCGCACGCACUCCAUCGGCAUGAACAACCGAGUCAUCAAGCUGCAGAUCUCAAGCGGCGCUGCUGGCGGCCGUGUGGCGCUGCUGGCUCCCCCCGCCAGCCUGCCCGGCCUGGCCCCCCCGGGCUACUACCUGCUGUUCCUGCUGGGCCAGAAGGACACCUACAGCGAGGGGGCGUGGGUGAAGCUGGAGGCAUAAUGGCACAGCGGUUGGCCCGCGCUCCUUGCUUCGAGUCCCUCAGUGCGGAUUAGUACAUCCACCACUGGCAUUGCCUGUUGGGUUUGCACACAGUCCAUGGCCAUUUAGUAGUUUCGUCUUUAUUUUGGCCGGUUCAGGCCGGCUUGCCUCUUUUGCCCGCUGGCUACAAUUGUGUUAAUAGUAGUUACAUAUCAAUUUACAGUGUAAAAUUUGAUGCAUGCUGGUGUCGAUGGUACGAGGUAGCCUUAACUUUGCAUCAUCAAUGCAUGCUUACUAUGCGUCGGGCAAUCGUGGGAGUAGGGUAAUAUUGAGUCUGUGCUCUACAUUUUGGGUUUGAUCCCGGUGAGAGUCGGACACAGAGUGAAGCUGUUCGAAGGUAGCCCCGGAGAUUCAGUACUUGGAAUUUUAUUUUUAGCAAAUAACAGGCAGGUUGAGCUAUGUGCAUGCACAUAUGUUUAUGGCAUUCUGUUAUUACAUGUCCAAGAGGUUCGCCAAAAAAUGUAACGUACCGGUAG